GCGGUCUGUGUGUUUAUAUAUCCUCUAUCGCUCGCCCGCUUGUUGUUUUGUCUCUAUAUUUUGCAAUUGCUUGUUUGAAUAAAUACAGAAAUAAUGGUUGCCAGUCCUAGUGAUGUUUAUAUCGUGGCAGCUGCCCGCACGCCAAUGGGCAGUCUGCUUGGCUCGCUCGCGUCUCUCAGCGCGACCGACCUCGGUGCUCACGCUGUCAAAGCUGCGCUGGCCAAGGUCCCUCAGAUCAAGACCGAGUCCGUCGAGACAGUCUACUUCGGCAACGUCAUGAGCGCAAACGUCGGCCAGGCUCCGGCGCGUCAGGUCGCUAUCAAGGCCGGUCUCGGUGAGCACGUCGUCGCUGCUACCGUCAACAAGGUCUGCGCGUCCGGCAUGAAGGCUUUUAUCUUUGGCGCGCAAGACAUCAUGGUCGGCACCGCCGACAUUGUCGUCGUCGGUGGCUGCGAGUCGAUGACGAACGUGCCACACUACGCCGCCGUCCGCAACGGCAUCAAGUACGGCUCGGGCGCGCUCGUCGACGGUCUCCAGCGCGACGGUCUGCAGGACGCGUACGACAACUCGUUCAUGGGCGACGCGGCCGAGGUGUGUGCGGCCGAGCACGAGAUCUCGCGCCAGGCACAGGACGAUUUCGCGGUCGAGAGUUACAAGCGGGCGCAGAAGGCCACGAGCGAGGGCAAGUUCGCGGCCGAGAUCGCGCCGGUCGAGCUUCCUGGGUUCCGUGGGAAGCCCGGCAAGACGAUCAGCGUCGACGAGGAGCAGGCGAACUUGAACGAGGAGAAGCUGCGGUCUGCGCGCACGGUCUUCAAGAAGGACGGAACUGUGACAGCCCCCAACGCGUCGCCGCUCAAUGACGGUGCUGCCGCCCUUGUGCUGGUCUCGGCCGCUAAGCUCGCCGAGCUUGGCUUGACUCCGAUCGCGAAGAUCCGCGCGUGGGGCGAGGCUGCGCAGGCGCCCGUGAAGUUCACGACCUCGCCCGCGCUCGCGGUCCCGAAGGCGUUGAAGAUGGCGGGCCUUUCGCUCGCCGACGUUGACUUUUUCGAGUUCAACGAGGCGUUCUCGGUCGUCGGAGUUGCAAACAGCAAGAUCCUCGGGCUGUCGGCAGACAAGGUCAAUGUCUACGGAGGAGCUGUCGCGCUCGGUCACCCGCUCGGAUGCAGUGGCGCGCGCGUGAUUGUCACGCUGGCGUCGAUCUUGAAGCAGGAGAAGGGAAAGAUUGGAGUGGCUGCUAUCUGCAACGGAGGCGGUGGUGCUAGCGCGGUGGUGAUCGAGGCUUGCUAAGGGUCUUUUGUCUGCGGGCUAUUUGUACAAUAACAGAAAUCAUAGGGUUUUAAGCUGAGCAGUGUUAUAGCGUAUGCUGGAGGUGUAAUUUAAGGAUCGCAUGCAAUGUAAUAUAAUUAUAACUAUUUUCUUUUCAUCAUUGUAA